AUGGUAGCCAACAAACCACUCGUGCUUGUCACAGGUGCGACAGGGUUCGUAGGUGCUCAUGUUGUGAGACACCUUCUGGAGCUCUCUCGCUACCGUGUUGUUAUACCAGUUCGUUCUAUGGCCAAGUCUUCCUACAUCAAAGAACGAUAUGCUUCUGAAAUAGCUUCAAAAGACCUGGAGAUGGUCAGCGUUGCGGAUCUUUCGGCCCCUCAUGCCUUGGAUGAUGUGCUGAAGCGAUUUCAGCCCGAGUACAUUGUUCACCUAGCCUCUCCUUACUUCACAACGACAAAUGACCCGAUCAAGGACCUCGUUCAGCCAGCAGUGGGAGCAACGCGCAAUGUGAUGACAAGUGCCUUGGAGUAUGGCGCUCCAGCACUUAAACGAUUCACUCUGCUCUCCUCAUUUGCUUCUGUGGUCGACCUCUCGAAAAACCCACGACCAGGUUAUACCUACACCGCGUCAGACUGGGAUCCUGUAACGGAAGAACAGGCAGCAGAGAAUGGAUUUUUUGGGUAUCACGCCAGUAAGACGUUUGCCGAGAGACUGGCGUGGGAUCUGCACGAUCACGGUCUCAAUAAAGAGCUCCCAUCCCCCCCUACGUUUGGCUUGGUCACACUUUGCCCACCUAUGAUCUAUGGCCCCCCUAUCCAUUAUGCGCCUGGCCAUUUAAUGCCUAAGAGCAUCGAAGAAUUGAACACUAGUACGGCACGGCUCAUUUCGGGCAUUACUGGAAAGGAUCCUGCCUUCACCCCUAGAGUAGCGACCCCGGGUCUACCGGCAUGGAUCGAUGUCAGGGAUAUCGCGAAAGCGAUUGCGGGAUCUUUGACUCUAGAUCCUGCAAGAAAUGAGAGAAUAUUAUUAUGUGGAGGGGUGGACUAUUUUGAAGAUGGCCUGGGACGGCUCAGAACCCAAAACAUUUCUGGCCUCGGCGACCCAGGUGACAAAUGUGACCCCAGUAACCACUUCGACAUCGAUCGGACCAAGAUGAGGGAUGUUCUGAAUCUCCAGGAAACUAUUCCUUUUGAGAAAACUGUUGAAGACACCUUCAAUGCUGUUAGGGGUAUGUCUUUGGUGUGA